AUGGAAGGGGACAGCUGCCGGGUGAGUGCGUCUGGGGACCUCGGGCCAGAACCUCCUAGCACCGGGAAAGCAGGGAUGGGUCUGGCAGCUAGGUGUGGCACGGGCACCCGUAUGCAGCCCUCACCUGAGACCUCUGGGUUCCGGAUUGGCACUGGUGCUGAGCAGCCUUCCGCCAAGCCCAGCCUGCCUUGCCGCCCCCUGUGUUGUCCCUGUGACCUGGCAAAUAAUGCCUCCCCGGCAAGGACGCCUCCAGCCCGGGCAUCCCCGGGCCGAGCACCCCUAGCCCGGGCAUCACCUUCCAGGUCAUCGUCUGGCAGGUCCUCAUCCACCGUGUCAGCAUUGACAUCAUCUCCAACCCGAGUGUACCUUGUGAGAGCCACGCCAGUGGGGACUGUCCCUGUCCAUGCAUCUCCUGCCGGGCCCGCACCAGCCACCAGGGCCGCCAGGGAGAGCCCAGGUAUCACCUUGCCCAAGUUCACCUGGCAGGAGGGCCAGAAGCGGCUGCCGCUCAUCGGAUGUGUCCUCCUUCUCAUCGCCCUUGUGGUGUCGCUCAUCAUCCUAUAUGGGGGACGAGAACCCCAGAGCCCAAGAGGCAUUGCAGUUUACUUCUGGCGGGCCCACACAGGGGUCAAUUACAAGGAGCCAAGAGAGAGCUGCCCUAGUCACGCUGUGCGCUGUGAUGGAGUCGAGGACUGUAGGCUGAAGAGUGAUGAGCUGGGCUGUGUGAGGUUUGACUGGGACAAGUCUCUGCUUAAAGUCUACUCUGGAUCCUCCCAUCAGUGGCUUCCCAUCUGCAGUGACAGCUGGAAUGACUCCUAUUCGAAGAAGACCUGCCAGCAGCUGGGUUUCGAGAGUGCUUACUGGACAACCAAAGUGGCCAAUAGGAAUGUUGGCAGCAGUUUCUCAGUCUCCGAAUUUAACUCCACCAUCCAGGAGAGCACCUACACGUCUGAUUGCCCUUCCCAGCAGUAUGUCGCUCUACAGUGUUCCCACUGUGGACUGAGGGCCAUGACUGGGCGGAUCGUGGGAGGGGCGCUGGCCCCAGAAAGCAAGUGGCCUUGGCAAGUUAGCCUGCAGUUCUCCCAUACCCACAUUUGUGGGGGCACGCUGAUCGAUGCCCAGUGGAUUCUCACUGCUGCCCACUGCUUCUUUAUUACCCGGGAGAAGAUCCUGGAGGGCUGGAAGGUGUACGUGGGCACCAACGACCUGCACCACCUGCCCGAGUCAGCCUCCGUCGCCCAGAUCAUCAUCAACAGCAACUACUCAGAUGACCAGGAUGACUAUGACAUCGCCCUCAUGCGGCUCUCCAAGCCCCUGACCCUGUCCGCUCAUGUCCACCCUGCCUGCCUCCCCAUGCAUGGACAGACCUUCGGCCUCAAUGAGAUCUGCUGGAUCACAGGCUUUGGCAAGACCAAGGAGACAGAUGAGAGGACUUCCCCUUUUCUCCGGGAGGUGCAGGUCAACCUCAUUGAUUUCAAGAAGUGCAACGACUACUUGGUCUACGACAGCUACCUUACCCCGAGGAUGAUGUGCGCAGGGGACCUGCGAGGAGGCAGAGACUCCUGCCAGGGAGACAGCGGGGGGCCUCUGGUCUGCGAGCAGAACGGCCGCUGGUACCUGGCAGGAGUCACCAGCUGGGGCACGGGCUGCGGCCAGAGGAACAAACCCGGCGUGUACACCAAGGUGACAGAAGUGCUCCCCUGGAUAUACAGCAAGAUGGAGAGGGAGGUGCGCUUCCGGAAAUCAUAA